GUUGACGAAAUUUUUGUAGCUUAGAAUGUCGGCGGAUAAACAUUUAGAAAUUGUAGAAUUCGGUUUGGCAGAUGAGAGUGUGGCUAAAAUAAAAGCAGCAGCGGCAGCAGUUGACGAGAAAGCACCCAAAACAUUGAAAACAUCUGAAAAGGAGAACUGCUAUCAGCUUAAAGGUGGCAUCACCGCAGCAGCCACCGCAGCAGCAGUCACAAUCACAGCAACAACAACAGCAACAUCGACAGCAACAAAAGUUUCUGGAGCAGUGUCGAGCGGUGCCAAAGCGGUGCCAGCGACUCCAAGCAACGCAACGGUUCGCUUAAGUGAUUCCACCACAGUCGACGAUGCUGCCGCCGAUGGGAUGAACAACGGUUCCGAUCUCAAGCUACAAUCGUAUGUGAAUGGCAAUGGCAAUGGCGUCUACAAGAUCAUUCGGACACUGGGCAAGGGUAACUUUGCAAAGGUCAAGCUGGCCAUCCACAUGCCCACGGGUCGCGAAGUGGCCAUCAAGGUGAUAGACAAGACGGAAUUGAAUGCGACAGCGAGGCAGAAGCUGUAUCGCGAAGUGCGCAUCAUGAAGCUUCUGGAUCAUCCGAAUAUUGUGCGACUCUUCCAGGUGAUCGAAUCGGAGCGCACGCUUUAUCUGAUCAUGGAAUACGCGAGUCGCGGCGAGCUCUUCGAUCAUCUGGUGAAGAACGGUCGCAUUCGCGAGCGCGAUGCCCGCGUCCUGUUUCGCCAGUUGGUUUCUGCCAUACAAUAUUGCCACAGCAAGUUUGUUGUGCAUCGCGAUCUUAAGGCCGAGAAUCUGUUGCUUGAUCAGCACAUGAACAUCAAGAUUGCCGAUUUUGGCUUCGGCAACACCUUCAAUCCUAAUGCUCAGCUGGAGACGUUUUGCGGCAGUCCGCCCUAUGCAGCCCCCGAACUGUUUAUGGGUCGCAAGUAUGCGGGUCCCGAGGUCGAUGCUUGGUCACUGGGCGUGGUGCUCUACACGUUAGUCAGCGGUUCGUUACCCUUUGAUGGUGGCACAUUGAAGGAACUGCGGGAACAUGUGCUCCGUGGCAAGUACCGAGUACCGUAUUACAUCUCCAUGGACUGCGAGAAUCUGAUGCGCAAGUUUCUGGUGCUUAAUCCGGGCAAGCGAACCACGCUCAACGCUGUCAUGGCCGACAAGUGGCUCAAUCUGGGCUACGAGGACACGGAUCGUCUGCGUCCGUUCCAGGAGCGUCCGCUGGAUCUGCAGGAUCCGCUGCGCAUCGAGCAACUGCUGGGCAUGGGCUACAAGCGACGCGAUGUGCUCAAUUCGCUGCGGACGCAAGCUUUCGAUGACAUCUACUGCAGCUACAUGCUGCUCGCACUGCCCAAGCCGCGUAGCUCACGCCAUGCAUCCACCUCGGAUGCCUCAGAACCGUCGCAGGCCAGCUCAGCAGCAGUCAAACAGCUGGCAGCCACACAUCGUCCGGUGGCGCCGCGAUUGCCCAAUGUAGCGCCUACUGUGGUCAGCAGCACAGCGUCCACCUCUACGUCCAUUGUCACCGCACCUCCAGCCAAGCCCACGCGUCGCACCUUCACACGCAGCAAGAACGCCGCUAGCAACACUGCGAAUCCUGCCUCCGCCUCCAUAUCGAGUACUCGCUCGCCACAAACGCCGCACAGCAAACGCUCCAGCAGUGCUGCCAGCGGCAAUGGUAACGCUGUCGAUGUCAAGCCCACGCUGUUGAGCGCUCAACGACAGCUGGCGCAGACCCAGAAGAUGGCUAAUUCGCCGCAGCGUUACUUCUACCAGGGAUCUUCCGCACGACGACCCACAACACUCUACGAGAAGGGGGACGCCGGCUCACCUAUGCCCAGCACGCCGGGCACACCGUCGACCACGAGUGUUCGCCAGCACAAGUCACCCAUGUCGGAGCGACGUCCGCUGGCGCAGGCUGCGGUGAUGGCCACCGCUCAAGUUGUAGCCGGGCAACCGGAGAAGCCAUCGGAGAAGCACUUUACGCGAAGCAAUGUGGCGCGUGCCACGUUCCACUUUGGCCAGGGACGCAGUGGCAAGCAUGGACGCAGUGCCGCCAGCGAGGACGACGGCUACCAGGCUAUGGCGCCACCGUUGUCGGCCGAUGACACCAAGCCCGCUUCCCGUGUCGGAUUUUUCUCGAAGCUGACGGCACGUUUUGGACGUCGUGUUAUUCAGUUGAAUGAGAAGGAGACGUGCGAGCAGCGCAAGAAUCUCACCAAGUAGCAUGUUCUCCUUCUCACUCACACACACUGCACACAUACGUAUAUAGACAAGAGACAAGUACACAAUAGCUAGUAGUUUUUGUAUGUAAUGGAUACCGAGAAAUUGCUUUCGCUGUGCGCUGCCAAGUACAAAAGAAAACUUAAGAAAAACCCUUAAGAGAAAAAGUAAACAUAACUAAUCUAAAAGGAUGUGCUUUAGUAGUAGUGAAAGAACAUCGAGUGGAAAAAGUCUGCGUGAAAAUUGUGAACUGCUAAUUAGAACAAUAAGUGAUAGUAGAGUAAAUACUUAGUUGGUAUAUUUUAUAAACUUAAUGACAAGAAAUUAAAAUAACAUUAAACCUAAAUAAUAUACACACUAGACGGAAUACUAUAGUGACG